AUGUUCGCCUCCUCCUUCUCGCCUCGCUCCUCCCCGCUGUCCCAGGGUUUCCCCUCCAAGAUGGCGCCCGCGAUAUCCGUCCCCCCCGCCCUGCUCCAGGCGGGCCACGCCCUCUUCGCCCCCCCCCCGGGCCUGGGCCCCCCGGGCCCCCAGGGCUCCGUUCCGGCCCUGCUGGUCCCCGUGAGGCUCCAGACCCUGGUGCCCUCCUUCGGGAGCCCCACCUACACCAGCGGGAGCCAGCAGCCAACCCUGCAGGCUCUGGGCGCCGACGCCACGGACGACCCUAACCCUAACCCCAACCCCAACCCCAACCCUAACCCUAACCCUAACCCAAGGGGCGGCAUGAACGGGACGGGGUUCAACCUGUCGCUCCUUUUGGGUCGAACUGACGUGUCCCUGUUCUGCGGCCGGACGUGGAGGGGCAUGGACGCGGUCGUUUCCACGGAAACGGCGGCGGGGAGCGUCGUCUCCACGGAAACGGCGGCGGCCGUGGCGGCGGGCGGCAAGCGAAUGCUGUCUCCGGCCAGCUCGCUGGAGCUCUUCAUCCAGACCAAGACCCAGAAGCGGGUGAAGGAGGAGAGGAUGUACGGACAGAUCCUGAAGGAGAUGAGCGCCGUGGAGCUGAGCGGGGCGGAGUCAGCGGAACGCCGGCGGGGGGGCGGGGGGGGGAAGGGCGAGGGCGAGAACAUGUCCUCCUCACCGCCACCAAGCGAUUUCCACGCCACCUCCAAGAUGGCGAUCCCCGUCCGAUGCUCGGGCCCUCCACACCUGUCGGACGUGGCCCCGCCCGAGAGCUUCACCCCCCCACUGCAGAUCGUCACGGGGGGCCGGGACUCCCCCGAGGAGCUGGACGUGGACCAGUCCGCGCCGGGGGGGGGCGGAGCCUGCUCCAGCCCCGAGCCAAUGCUGUCGGCCGACGACGAGGAGGACGCCACUGGGGGUCGGAGCCUAAUCCCCGGUACCAGGGGGCGGAGCCUAAUCCCGAGCCCCGAGCCCAUGCUAUCGGUCGACGACGAGAAGGACGCCGGGGGGCGGAGUCUAAUUAGUGGUAACCAGGCUGCCGGGGGGCGGAGCCUAAUCCCUGGUGCCGGGGGGCGGAGCCUAAUCCCGACCGGGGGGCGGAGCCUAAUCCCCGGUGCUGGGGGGCGGAGCCUAAUCCCGAGCCCCGAGCCCAUGCUAUCGGCCAACGACGACGAGGAGGACGCCACCACUGGGGGUCGGAGCAUAAUUAGUGGUAACCAGGCCGACGGGGGGCGGAGCCUAAUCCCCGUCGCCGGGGGGCGGAGCCUAAUCGCGGAGGCCCUCCGGUUCCCCACCCUCCGCACGGCCAGCCGGGUCAGCUGGUGCUUCCGGGGCCACGCCCGGCCCAGUUCCUCGCCGGCCGCCCCGCGGGGAUCCGUGUACGCCGUUUGGACCUUGAGCCAAAACCAAAACCAAAACCAAAACCAGAACCAGAACCAAAACCACGACCCGAACCCGAACCUAAACCCGCUGAACCUCAGCACCAGGGCCGCGCUCGCCCUGCUGCGCUCCCGCCAGCCGACCGACGCCCGGGUCCACUACACCGCCGCCGCCAUGGCGCCGCACAGCUCCGGGAAGCUAAUGAAGGGCGUGUUGUCAUGGGAACGGAACAAAGACGAGCCGGAAAAGGAGGCGGCGGCCAAACCGCCGAACACCGAACCGACGCGCAUCAAGAUCUUCGAAGGCGGGUACGUCAGCCCCCGGAUGGAAUCACCCACCACAGGGCAGCAAAAGGGCUCAACAAACAAGGAACUACUAGGGAAAGACAAGGCCCCCCUGCAGAGAAAAUGGGCGUCGGAGCCUUCCGCCAACACCAAACGAUGCACUUUUUCCGACCCCGACGUGAAACACCGGGAGAGUCUACCGUGCGGCGCCACGGGGGGGUCGGCCCCCCAACAGAAGUACGGACCCUCGGCCGCGGGGAAGGACCCCCAGGGCCCGUUUGCGCAGGGCUUCCCGAGGGGGUACCCCUACCAACUGGGCCAGCCGUACCCCCGGCACCCCCAGGCGGAGCGAUUCGUAUCGGGGGCCAAACCGCAACCGGGCCUGGAGCCCCACGCCUGGCCUUUCGCCGGCCAGCUUCCCUCGGACGACCCCUACCCGGCGGUAGGGGGGGGGCAGCAGCCGGGCCGCUUCCCCCAACGCCAGAAGUCGCCCAGCUUGCCCGGCUCCUUCGGCCAGUACUCCCAGUACUCCCAGUCCGGUUCGGAUCGCGGGGAAGACCACGGCCACGGCCACGGCAAGAAGGACCCCAAACCCAAGAAGCCCGGCAAGUACAUUUGCCACUACUGCGGCCGGGCGUGCGCCAAACCCAGCGUCCUUAAAAAGCACAUCCGAUCGCACACCGGCGAGAGACCCUACCCCUGCAUACCCUGCGGGUUCUCCUUCAAGACCAAGAGCAACCUCUACAAGCACCGAAAGUCGCACGCCCACGCCAUCAAGGCCGGGCUGGCCUCACCAUCGGGGGACGCCGAGGUUCCCUCGGACGGAGAGCAGAGCACCGACACCGACGAGGAGGGCGUGGACGGAUCCACCAUGCUGACCGACAAGGACAGCCCCGGACCUCAGAUCUCAUUUGAAGCGGACAAAAACACAGGAGGUGCCGAGCCGGCAUAUGCUGACUCAGCGGAGGAGCUCCCCAUCGGAUCUAUGAAAGUGCCUAUCCUCAUCUUUCCCAAGCCCGGGGGGGUCCCUCCCACGGGGAUGGAGUGCCCCCCCUUUCACGACAUCAAAGGGUCCCACCACAUGCUGUCCUCGAAGGCGGGCGGCAGGGCCCACUCUCUGGACGACUCGCCCUCCAUCAAGCAGCGUCUGGCCCAGAGGCUGAACGAGAAGAAGGGCCAGGACGCCGACCCGGGCAUGUCCCAGUCCCUGAACCUGCUCAGCCCCCACAGCAAGGGCAGCACGGACUCGGGCUACUUCUCCCCCGCCGAGCUGCAGAUGAGCGCGCCCAACACCAACAUCAAGACCUACGAGGAGAUCAUGUUCGGCCGGACUUGGUACAACCGGCCCAGCUCCCGGUCCAGGCAGUCCGUCACCGUGGGCGUUGCCGGGGCCGACUUGAAGCAGCCCGGAGCUAUCCCUGACAUGGGGAAAAUAGCGGAGGACCACAUCUCCUUCCGGGGGAACCUGGGAAUAUGCGGAGACGCCAAGCAAUACCCAACCGCCCCUUGCCAGAGCAGCACGGGACUCCUGGAGCCGCCCUCGGACUCCGGGCUCCUCAUCCGGAGCAACUCCAUGCCGACCCCGUCCCCCCCGAACCUCAGCGCUCCCUCGGGGAUUCGGGGAAGCGUGUCCUUCGACAACAUGGCGGCGCCGGACGAGGUCUUCUACCCGCCGGGACACCCGCGGCUCAAGAGGCAGAGCGCCUUCGAGCAGGUGAACGAGGCCCACGCCGGGGAGGCCGAGGGCUACGGGCACGCGGCCAACAAGAACCUGGCCUCGUCCCUGGCGGUGAAAAUCCACGAGCACGUCGCGCAAAUCCCGUACGGUACCAAACCCAGCUUGUCGGAAAUAGCCACGAGGAAGAGGAGGAAAGAGAAGAGCGUGGGGGACGACGAGGACAGCCCCGGCCAUUGCGACAGCAGCUGCAGCGGCUCGGUGGAGAUCAUGGGGGAUUACGAAUUCAAGCAAGGUAGUUUCGACGGGUCUAGAACCACUCCGACCGGGAAGGGCUCCCUCCACAGCGCCCACAGCCAGUCGGACAGCUUUGACACCUGCGCCAGCAUGUGUUCGGAGGACAUAGCUCUGUAUCCCGACCCCGAGGGCCGCAAGGCAGCCGGUAACGUCAUAUCGGUCAUCCAGCACACGAACUCGCUCAGCCGUCCGAACUCCUUCGACAAGUCGGAGUCCUUCGAGCAGCCGGGGUACCAUCCGUCGGACAGAUCGGCCCCGUCCAGCCAGUACUCCGAGCAGUCGGACACGGACAUAUUCGAGGACGCCCUGAGUCCGGAGUCGGCCCUUUUGCGCGCGGAAAGCAUGGAGCAGCAGCAGCCCCAAAGCGACGGGGAUGUGGCCCCAAUAUCUUCAUCUUUGGCCACUGCCUCCCCCGGUCAGCCGUUCCACAAACUGGUCCGGCAGCCCAACAUCCAGGUCCCCGAGAUCAGGGUUACCGAGGAGCCCGACAAGCCCGAGAAGGACCCCGAGGCCCCCCCCGCCGCGAAAGACUCAGAGAAGGAAAAGCAGCAGCAGCAACAGCAUGUGGAGGAGUUCCAGCUGCCCCAGAGGAGCGACACCCUCUCCCAGAUGCCCACCGAGAAGCUCCCGCCCAAGAAGAAGAGGCUGCGCCUCGCGGAUAUGGAGCAUUCCUCCGGGGAGUCCAGCUUCGACUCAACCUGCACCAGCCUGUCCCGGAGCCCCAGCCAGGAGAGCAACCUCUCACACUCCUCCUCCCUGUCCAUCGGCUACUCCGGCCACCACCAGCAGAGGGAGAUGCGGCGCUCGUCCUCGGAGCAGGCGCCCUGCACGCUGCCCACCGAAAUGCCCGAGAUGCGGAGCAAGUCCUUCGACUACGGGAACCUGCCGUCCAGCCGGCAGGGCGAAAUCUACUCCAGCGCCUCCGCCAAGAAGGAGCGGCGCCGUGGAUACCUCGUUCGACAGCUGAACGUUGGUCUGAAUGGAGAACUAAGGGCUCUAAAGGAAAAGGAGAAGAACCUGGACGAGCUGAUAGAGAGCUGCACCGGGCAGAUCCAGAACCUGUGCGAGGACAGUUACUGUUUCCCAGCUGGAGGGGUCAGACCGUGA